UUCUAUGUGGCUAGCGUUAGCUGCUCCUGUUAGCUAGGUGGCUAACUAAAGCUAGUUAGGAAAACAACAUCGCACGUCAAUGGAGAAUAAUAAUUUUACCGAUGAUGACAAUGAUAUGUGGUCUACCAGCAAUUAGUUAGCGUUAAGUUAAGUAGUUAGAAUGAUGUGUGUGUAACUGUUAACGGUUAACUAUGUGUCUUACUGGGAUAAAUUGCAAUUUCUAUAAGAUUACUUUAAAUAAUAAUAUGAAGCUGAGGGAGGAGACAGGAUAAGGAAUUCAGCUUCAAAUGGAAAUAAGCUGGACUGAUGCUGUUGUUCCAGCAUCUGGACUGAACCUGAACUGACUCUGUUGGUGCCAUGUCCAGGCAAAGCAGGAACAGUCGUGCAUGGCGAUAUGUUUGGGGUGGGAUACGACGAGAUGCUGAUGCUCGGGCUCUUGAAGAAUGGAGCUAUGAUCGCCUAGAGUACAGUGAUUCAGACUCUGAGGCGGACUUUUCAGCAGUGAUGGUUCCUCCGGUCCCCAGUGCAGUGCCUGUCACCGGAGAGUCCUACUGUGGCUGCGACUCCCAGGCUGAGACCAACUACAACCCUCGUCUGCGAGGAUUUCACCAAGUUAAAGACUGCCACUGUGGAGAGGAGGACCAAGAGUUUGACUGGUUUUGGGACGGCAACAGCCGAUCGACAGCAACAUUGCUAAGCUGCGACAAUCGCAAAGUGAACUUCCACUCUGAAUACAGCUGUGGUACGGCAGCAAUCCGUGGCUCCAAAGAGCUGGCUGAGGGGCAGCACUUCUGGGAGAUAAAGAUGACGUCCCCGGUGUAUGGAACAGACAUGAUGGUCGGCAUCGGUACUUCUGAUGUCAAUCUAGACAAAUACAGACACAUGUUCUGCAGCCUGUUGGGAAAAGACACAGACAGCUGGGGUCUUUCUUACACAGGCUUGUUGCAUCAUAAAGGAGACAAGACAAACUUUUCCUCCCGGUUCGGACAGGGGUCUAUCAUCGGAGUCCAUCUAGACACGUGGCAUGGCACCCUCACUUUCUUCAAAAAUCGCAAGUGUAUAGGUGUUGCUGCCACAGAGCUACAAAAUAAGAGGUUUUAUCCGAUGGCGUGCUCCACAGCAGCGAAGAGCAGCAUGAAGGUGAUCAGAUCGUGCUCCGCUCCCACCUCCCUGCUGUACCUCUGCUGUGCUCGUCUGCGCCAGCUGCUGCCGGACUGUAUAGACACCCUGGAUGUGUUGCCCCUGCCUCCUGGCCUUCGCCAGUUGCUCCACAACAAAUUGGGUUGGGUGCUCAGUCUCAAUAAUGGCACCACAGAAGAAACUCCAGAUGGGCCUGAGCGUCCCUCACACUUGACCGCCACCCCCCUGGCCGGACCCUCGUCCUCUGAGAGUGACUCGGAGGAGGGUUGUACGUCUGACCCCGAAGCCUGUCAGAGGAAGAGAUGCCGCUGGACAUGACUGGACAGCUCGACUCCUACCUCUUCUUAAACACUGGCCGACGUCUAGUGUUUCCUACCUGCCUCGAGCUUUCCUCAACAUCAAUGUUAUCCAGUCGUGAAGAAAACGACCAGGAUCGGAGUGGUACGUAGGUCGAAAACUGUGAGGGCUGUAUUUCUGCCUGCACGCUUUUACUGUGAUCUUCUCUCAUGCCAUUCAGAUUUCUUCAUUCUCUUUUUUAUCCAAAGCAGCUUCAGUGAUAAGUGAAAAGUUGUAGUGUUAUUUCAUUAGCUAGCAUAAGUUGUUGCCAUUCGUGUAUGGGGAUUCGUGAAAUAGUGCAGGAAUAGACUGUACAGUGUAACACUGAAGUCAAUCACGGUAUUUUUGCAAAACAUAUUGUGUAUUGUUCUCAACCUCAAUGAAUUGUCAAAGUAAUCUGUUACCUGUUUUACUGGUAUCCUCAAUUUUCUGUUAGGUUGCCAAAGUGAGAAUUGGUGGGACACUGCGUCCCAUAAGUGGAACAAACAGGAAGCCACACACAUAUAUAGAACAUAGAGUAUUCUUUAUUUCUUACUCGCAUGUUACAGCUCUAAAGCAAAAACUGUCCACAAUGUUUAGACAGAUGAAAACUUCAGACAUGUUAGAAGGAGGUGGAAUGAACCUGAAUGUAUUUUGCAUAUUUUAGUGCUCCAAAACAAUGAAAAUAUUUAUCUUCCAACAACUCUUACAAAUAUGAUUCCUCUUUGUAAUUGUCGAGAUAAUUCUUGUUUCUUGAAGGAAAAAAAGUUACAAGUCAAAUUUUUGUUACACAACAUCUAUCUGUCACCAGCUUUUGAAAGUCUGUCGUCUAAAUCUUAUACUACUUUGUGGAUUUCCUCUUUUCUAGAAGACGUAAGCAGUAUACAUUAUUUAGUGUAGCUCUUUUAAAUCACUCAGAAGAGACGCACAUUUAAAGUAACCUUUCAUUGCUGUUACUCCUUAUCGGUUUUUUUUAGAACUUUUUAAAAACUUUAUUUUAUUGAUAAAAUAAGAGAUUAUAAGCAGUUUUAAUGUUGGUUUUUUGUACGGAUCUGUUUAUGCAAGCGUGUUAUUUUGGUUUCCCCAUGGCCUUGUCUCAUUACUUCCUUAUCCAACUCCCCUUGACUGUAAUUCAUUAAGGUUGUACUCUAUUCUAAAUCCUUUUAGUAUCAAUCACUCAGCUCCUCUGCAGAAAACUUCUCACACUGCUCCUGCAGCAUUAUCUCCCUCUUAGAUCUCUGUGUGUUUCUAACAAUAAUAUAUAUUUUUCAAAUAUGGCUAAAAACAUUCAGUUUCUGUAUUGGGCCACUGUCUGGUGACACUCACAAUUCCCACUGAAGCUGUUGAUUUAGCCAUAUUUUGUCUUCUGGAACAUAUUGAUCACAGCAAAGCGCAGUAGAGAGGGGGAUUAUGCUGCAGGACUGGUUUGCAGUGAUUCUGUGGAUGUUUUGGUAGUAUUAAGUGAAAUACAAUAAUUCUACAGCCACCUUUCAAGCCUGCGGGUCAAUUCAAGUGUUACUUGAUCGUGAAUGACAGAGGAGGGGAAUUUUACCCCUGGGUCAGGUAUGUAAAUAGUUCUUAUCUUUAGCUUCUUUGGAGUAUCCAAACAUAACCAUACAAGUAAUAAAAUAGUGUUUGACCCAGGUGUUGAAGCUACACAGUCUGCCAACUGCUGCCUCAGCCACCAGUCUUUGAUCCCUCCUCAAGAGUCUUGGUUUAAGUAGACAUACACAAAGAUGUAUGGUACUAUGCAAUACGAGCAUCUUAUGUAAUAAUGGUUUUCAGAAGUAAUGUGUGUUUUCAGAUGUUAUGAUGGAGGCACUGACAAAACAACAGCGGUGAAAGUAUGAGGACCAUGAUCGUUAGUCAUGAGUGUGACAUGACUCACUUAAUUUUGUCUGAUUUGUCAGAUUCAAACCUAUAGAUCUAGUAAUGUAACCAUCAAGAGGUUAGUUGUAGUCAAGCAGAUGUAUUUUUUUGUCUUAUUUCACAGUAUUUGUCUUGACAUUGAUGCAUCCAAGCACUUUUUUCUUACUGUUGUACUGUAAAUAGGAAAAUUCUAAGUGUUUCUUCUAUACUAUGUCAUACUAAUAAUACUUUAUGUGAAGGCCUUUACUUGCCUUUUUCUGUAUAACUUAUCAGCAUGAUUUUCAGCUGAAAAUAAAAUGAAUGCUAAAUA